AUGUCACCAAAGGAAUAUAAGGAACUUCAAGCGACAGGAGUGAUUCCCCGACAAACUGUGCAGUCAGCAGUGCCGGUUGUUGGUCCAUCGGUGACUUGCCAAGCUAGGCGUCUUUAUGUGGGUAAUAUACCUUUUGGUUCAAACGAGGAUACAAUGCUCGACUUUUUCAACCAACAAAUGCAUUUGUGUGGCCUGGCUCAGGCCCCAGGAAAUCCUGUAAUUGCUUGUCAAAUAAAUUUGGACAAAAAUUUUGCUUUCAUUGAAUUUCGUUCUAUCGAUGAAACAACUGCUGGAAUGGCAUUUGACGGUGUCAAUUUUAUGGGCCAACAGCUUAAAAUCCGUCGUCCACGUGAUUAUGUAGCACCAGCAAACAAUUAUGAAAUGUUGGGAUCUUUACCAGUCUCUGCUGUCGUCGUGGAUAGCCCUUACAAAUUAUUUAUUGGAGGUCUUCCUAAUCAUUUAACUUCUGACCAAGUGAAAGAAUUGUUGAGUGCUUUUGGGCAAUUAAAAGCUUUUAAUUUGGUUAUGGAUUCGGUUACAGGAUUUUCUAAGGGUUAUGCAUUUUGUGAAUAUUUGGAUAGCACACUGACUGAUCAAGCAAUAGUUGGCCUGAAUGGAAUGCAAUUGGGGGACAACCGUCUUUUAGUUCAACUUGCAUCGACUGGGUGUAAAACAGUUGUUCCUACCCCUGGAAUUCCAUCAAAUCCAAUAGCUUUAGCUGGAAUUGAUCUUUCAAAAGGAGCUGGUCCUCCAACUGAGGUUUUGUGUUUAAUGAAUUUGGUUGUCGAGGAAGAACUGCAAAAAGAUGAUGAAUACGAAGAAAUUUUGGAAGACAUUCGAGAUGAAUGUAACAAAUAUGGAAAUGUUAUUAGCCUGGAAAUACCUCGUCCGGGAUAUGAAGAACGUGGCGUUGGAAAGGUCUUCGUUGAGUUCCAAUCAAAAGAAGAAUGUCAAAAAGCACAGGCGGCAUUAACUGGACGCAAAUUUUCCAACCGCGUUGUUGUAACCAGUUACUACGAUCCGGACCUUUAUCAUAGACGACAAUUUUGAAGUGGAUUUGGGGUUUUAAACAUUUGCAUUGCAGCAACCAAUUUAAAAGAAUAUACAAAUUGAUAUUUUGAUUUAAAUAAAGUUUUUUGGUUAUUACAACUUUUAGAUUAUAACAAUUUUGUGAACCAUUACUCUCGAGUCGGGCUAACUCGCGGAACGGACAGUUCACG